CCCCCCACCCCCCCAAUGCCGGCCCAACCCGACCUGCCCAAAGCCGCCCCUGAACUCCUCGACUCAAUGCUCACCCGCAAAUUCGGGCCCGAGGUCCAAAACUACUUCGCCGGCUCCCCCCUCAACCGCCUCUCCUUCCUGCGCACCGACCACGCCUUCCUCGCCGCCGCCCUCACGCACCCCAGCACCGCCUUCGUGGCCGUCGACGACCUCGCCCCAGCCGCCCGCGACGCUGAAAACCUCGCCUACGUGGGCCAUGCCGACCUCAGCGCGGUGAUUGGGGAGAACCCGCUUGCGAAGACAGAGGCGGAGACGAUUGCAGCUUAUAAUAGCAAGGUUAGCUCGCCGUUGAUCUUGUUCCUUGGCCUGAACGACAAGAGGCAUGAGGGGUUUGAGUAUAAGGCAUAUAAGGGAGUUCCCUACUUCGCCGUGGACAUCACACCGAAGGGCUCCAAUGAGGAGGCAGCAAAGGGCGUCAUUGAAACCCUGAAGGCGAAGAAUAUGAUCUUCCUCCAGGGCCGAAGCGCCAUGACGCUCAACGCCGCAGAUGCCGCCAUCUUCGCGCAAGCCCGCGCCCUCCUCGACUGGAAUGCCCGCAACCCCUUCUGCUCCGGCUGCGGCCAGCCCACGCUCUCCGUCCACGCAGGCACCAAACGCGUCUGUCCCACCGCCGACCUGGCCCCUGGCGCCGCCGCCCGCGGCCCCUGCGCCACCCGCGGCGUAGUCUCUAACCUCUCAUUCCCCCGCACCGACCCCACAGUCAUCAUGGCGGUGAUCUCUCACGACGGCACGAAAGUGCUCUUAGGGCGGCAGAAGCGUUGGCCGACCGACUGGUACAGUACCCUUGCCGGCUUCUGCGAGCCAGCGGAGAGUGUGGAGGAGGCGGUGCGGAGGGAGGUGUGGGAGGAGAGCGGGGUGAAGGUCGGGCGGGUGGUAGUGCAUAGUUCGCAGCCGUGGCCGUAUCCGGCGAACUUGAUGAUUGGGGCGAUUGGGCAGGCGGUGAGGGGGGGGAGGGGAUUAAUCUGGAGCAUGAUCCGGAGUUGGAGCAGGCGAAGUGGUUUGAUUUGGAGACGGUGAGGGUGGCGUUGAAGACGGGGACGAGUGGGUUGGAUGAGGCGACGGGGGAGGGGAGGAAGGAGGGGGACUUGAGAUUGCCAGGGCAUACGGCGAUUGCGAAUCAGUUGUUGCAUGCUGUUGU